UUUUUUUUUUUUUUUUUUCUCUCCUGUUUUCUGUCUCUCCCCGGGAAGCUGAAAGCGCCACGGGAGCCCCAAAGCCAGCGCAGCAUCACGGCGAGCCCCCCGGCCCCAUCCCUGCGGAUGGCUCGGUUGCACACCAGCGAGCAGCUCCGAAAGCAGCGCCGGUGCCCGGCACCGAAAGUGGCAGCGAUGCCCGUGGAGCCCCUGAUCUGCGCCGACACGGCCACGCGGGUGAGCUCUGUGCUUAACCGGGACGUGAAGCAGUUUGGGAAGAAGCACAUGUUCGACGGGAGCGAGGAGACCUGCUGGAACUCAGACCAGGGCACAUGCCAGUGGGUCACCCUGGAUUUCCCGCGCACCGUCAAGGUCUCGCAGCUCCACAUCCAGUUCCAGGGGGGAUUCUCCAGCAGGCUGUGCACACUGGAAGGCUGCAGAGCAGGGGAAGAACUGGUGAAAAUAUCUGACCUGUACCCCCAGGACAUCAACGCCAUGCAGAGAUUCCAGGUGGAGGAGACGGUGCUGGAUAAGCUGAAGAUCACCUUUGAGAACAGCACUGACUUCUUUGGGAGGAUCGUGGUGUACCACCUCGGGGUGCUGGGAGAGAGGCUCUAGGGCAGCGUGGGGGGCUGCUCCCCCAUCACCUGCGUUCCGCCACGGGGACUCGGCUGCAUGGGGGGAAACAGGACAGCAAGCCCUGCCAGCGGGGACACGCUGUCCCCAAUUGCACCCCAAGGUGCUGAGAGGGGGUCCCCGCCCCCCAGGAUGGCAGUGACAGAGGGACACUAGUGCAGAGCUCCACGUGCUGGACUUCAAGCCGUUGGCGGGACACAGCCUGUGUAACCGGCCGAAUAAACGGUGUCCCCGCUCCUUCCUGGCUGCUCCUUGGGCAAGUGGCACCCCGGGACCGAACCUCUGGGCUUUGCCAUGGCCAUGCCGGUGUGUGACUUGAGCUGGAGAGAGGAGAAGUGCCACUGCUGUGGGCUCUACCUGUCUCUCGCCUUUGCUAACCACCCCUGAACUUUCUUGGAGUGGCUGUUUGCGGCCUCACGGGGUUCCGGCUCGGAAUUGCAGUGUGCCGGCUGUCGGCCGGGGCCGUGCUGUGUUCCUGGCUGGCAGGGUGAUGCUUCCUGCCGGGUUUUGCUCCUGCCUUAUGGAUAUUUCCCUGGCUGGUUGUAACACUGCAUGCAGGGAGGGCUUGGCAAGUUUACGGGCGUAAGAGGGAGCUUCCCUCAUCACAAAGACAGCUCUGGAGAGGAAUACCAGGGCACUGGGAGGAUGCAGGCCUUGAAGAGGUUGGCCCAGUUCCCCUCACGGUUCCUCAGUAGCUGGUGCUGGGAUCGGCAGCUGAGACAGGCUGAGGCAAUGGACAGGGCUCCACACAGCUGCUUUAGAGUUUACUUCCAAUAAUGCAAUACCUGAAUGCACAAACGCACAAAGCAGCCGAGCCCGGACAGAACAGAAAUGCAGCUGCCCUGAGGAAUGAGUGUCCCCGGGUGCGAGGCGCUGUGGCCAUGCCACCCUCCGGGAGAGGCAGAGAUCCACCGAGGGCAGGCAGUUCCUGGCUUCCUCCGCGUGCUCCUCGCUUGAAGCAUCGUGCCGCUGCCCGUUUUGGGACGGCUGGGUGAGGCCGCGUUGGUCCCAGAGGAGAGCCCUGCGUUGGCCGGGAGAAGCGCUGGUGCCACGGCAGUGCAGCGCGAGCCGCCGUGUCACUCCAGCUCCUUUUUCUGAAAUAGCUUGAGGAUGUGAUUUUCGAUAACCUGUUGGACUAACGGAAGGGAGAGACGUGAAACCCAAAGCCAAGCCUGUGAGAAGCCAGUACCGCUGUGAGCAGGACCUGGUCACCAUCUUGCUCCCCUUUCUCCAGGGGCUUGUCCCCAUCUCCCUGUCCCAGCCCUAUCUCCAGCACAGCUCUGGUUUGGAGGGGGAGCAAAGGGGAACAGGACCCAUCUUGAUUUCUCUGGCUCAGUUUCUCUGCGUGGCAGAGCAGGGAGCUGUGGUGGAAGGUCAAUAAAAGCCCCCAGCAAGGCUGGAAGCUGGGAAUUGCCUGGAGGUUUUUCAGGGAGGGAAGGCAGGGCUUGCUGCCAGGCACAGAGGGGACACUUGCCUUUCUUGUGUCCCAGGGCCACGGCCAGAUCCAUCGGGGUGUAGCCAGAAUCUGCCUCUGUCGUCAGGUCAGCGCCGCGAGCUGCAAGCAGGCAGUGAAGAUCAGGGCAUGGCGCUCCCCUGCCAACAUGGCGUCCCCUCCGGGUCAGGCACAGAGUGAGGGGACCCCCAAAAGGUGCCCGUCCUGGCUGGGCAGCCCCCCGUGACACCCCCAGGCUGCUCAGUGUCUCCCCCCAAGGCGUGUCACGCUCUCUCCCCGAGGCGGUUACCAACGAGCAGCGAUUCGAGGCCAAGGACUAAGCGCGGAUCUUCCCCGUUACCUAGUAGGGCCUCGACACACUUGACGUGAUUGCCGCGCACGGCGUAGAGCAGAGGAGUGCCGCCAUUCUGCAGGGAAAGGGAAGGGGCUGCGUCAUUGCUGGCCUCACACAGGGCCAUGCUCACGCAGCUCCUGCUUCUCCCGGACCUGCUGGGAUCCCCUUUCCGCCCUCUCCCACCUCCAGGCUGGGUGUUUUCUCGCAGAGCGGUUCUGCACAGGUUUUAUUCUCUGUAUGCAAUACAGUAACUUUUAAAUCGUGUAAUUUUAAAGACAA